AUGGGCGAGUUCCGUGUAGGCGGACGACGUCGAGGAGGUGAAGACGUUGUCCCCGGCGCCGCCGACGCCGAGUCGAUGGGGGCCAGCUCGGAUUCCGGCGCGUCCAGCGGAUCGCUGUGCUCGUCGAUCAUGUCGAGCCUGACAGACGACGACGCAGAGUCCUCCCCGGUGGCGGGUGAUCCUACGCCGUCGCCGCCGUCGGACACGAUGCAGCUGGACGGGGGAGGCGGCGGGCCUCUCUACGAGCUGUCGCCGCUGCUGGCGCACCUUCCCGUCAGGACAGGGCUGUCUAAGUAUUACAAAGGGAAGUCCCAGUCAUUCACUUCUCUUUCCGACGUCAAAUGCUUGCAAGAUCUCGCAAAGAAGACCACCGCCCACACCGGCAGGAAGGCGAGCCGUUCGUCGAUUUCACUUCACGUUCAAGGGCCUCACAGCAAGACGAUAGGGAAGAAGACACCGCCCAGGGGUUCAUCUGGCCGGCUGCCGUCAAGAGCAUGGAGCAGGGGCCUUCCGCACAGAAGCGGUAAACCGCCUGCGUACCAGAGCAAGAAAGAGCUGUGCAGCAGAGAUUUCUGCUAG